AUGGGAGCCUCCAAGGGAGCAGGACGGAGGGAAUCGCUCUCGCCCAACGUACACGACAAGGCUCGGCAGGCCAGGAUCGACGAGGCCAAGGCGAAGAGGCAGCGCGCGUUAGAGUACGGGAACAGCGCCCUCAAGGCCACCACGCGCGAGGGCCAGCUGAAGGACCUCAAGAAGCAGGUGGGGCAGCAGCAAACUCUACACGGCGACAGCAUCUGUUGCAGGUCGUGGAACGCGCGUUCUUGUGUGUUUGUCAUUCUCGCGGACUUUGUGAGCACCAUUGGCUGCGACCGCGCCACGCUCAUGUUCGUCGACACGCCUGCCCAGGAACUCUUCUUCUUCGACGGGAAUAUGCGGAUCGCUUUUCCCCUUCGGAAAGGCAUCGCCGGACACGUCGCAGCAACGGGCAUGGGGUUGGUCGUUAAUGACCCAUACAACAACGAGCACUUCAACCGCCAGGUAUGGUGCCAGUGCGAGUGA